CGCUGUCCGCUCGUGCGCUCUGAUGGCAGCUGCAGCGCCUCCCACGUUCCGGCCUCUGAGUGACAGCUGUUGUUUUGCUGAUGGUGUUUGCGGUUUCGAGUGCCGGAGUCGAUGGCGUCUUUAGGAGUAAACCGCAAAACAUCCUGUGAAUCAUCGCUCCCUAUGGUGACCGGACGGAUGGCGGCGGCGGCUGCUGGUCAGUGUGAUGGCAGAGAUGGAGAAGAGGACCAAACCGGAGCGCCAGACAUCAGCCUGUAUCCGAGCAAUAGAAGCAGCACGAGGCCACGGUCCUAACACUGAGCUUUUCUUCAGCGGAAACAAAGAAUUCCAAUUCUCCAACAAUAACACAAAGCCGAGUGGCCCCCCAGUGGUAUCCGCAGAAAUACCACCACCAGCAGAGGGCACUGCUCCCACCGACAGCCCCGAAGAGGAUGAGGAGGAGGAGGAGGAGGAGGACGUGCUGGGGAAGAAAUGUUUUAAGACACCUAAUGGCUUCAUGUGCGAAUCCAAGGCGAAUUCGGUGAGCUAUGAGAUCACAGAGCUGGCGACCUCUUCUCUAAUUGGUCUGGUACAAACCAUUAAAGACCACAUUACCAAGCCCACCGCCAUGGCCCGCGGCCGCGUAGCCCAUCUGAUUGAGUGGAAAGGCUGGAGCGCCCCCCAAUCUGGUUGGGACCCCUCCCUGACCGAUGAGGAACACUACUCGGACCUGACGGACGAGCUAAAGGAAGCACGGUUCGCUGCAGGGGUCGCAGAGCAGUUCGCCAUCACUGAAGCCACCCUCAGCGCCUGGUCCUCCUUGGAUGAUGAAGAGAUGCAUUAUGGGCUCGGCUCCCAAGAGGUUCGACAGCUUCAAGAUCUGGAGAGUCUCUACCUGCAGAGUCGGCUGCUGAGCUACGCACAGGGGGCCUGCGGCUCGGACCUGGGGGGCAGCCUCCCCGGCCUCUCCUAUUCCUCUGCCGUGUCGCUGGCUGCGGCUUCACACCAAGUGCUGCCAGUGGAGCAGUGGGACAUGAGCGGGCCCCGAUCCCACCAGUCCCUAUUCCCCGGCCCCUUACUGAAUGACGGGAGGAGCAGUAGCUCGGACAACUCCAAAGCGGCGGUUCUGGCGGAGGGUGAGGGUGCCCCUGGGACCUGCAAACCCCGACUCAACAGCUCGCUCCAUUAUGUGGACAGCAGCUCGCUCUCCGAGGACGAGGUCUUCUACAACUGAACCGGUCUCGAGGACCGGUGAGUGUCAGCUCCUGGGCUCAGGACCAUCACUACAGAGACCUCGUCUAUAGUCAUCCAGAGAGCUCAGGGUGGAGGAGGACAUGGAUGGAGGGACAGCCCAGAACCUGCUCUAGAACUCUCCUAUCAGCAAUAUGUUUGUCACUUCGAGGGGCCCGGACCUCUUCGAGGGGCUCCGGCCUUGAGCCUUACUUCACAGGAACGUGUCUUGUGGUUCCGUGUUGGUCGCUGGAUGUCUGGCACUGUGUGUCGUCCGUUUCUGUGACGUAUUAGUGAAUGUAUUGGUCCUUUCUGUUACAUCUGAUGCACUAAUAUACACGAUGCUCACGGGA